GUUUACACGCUAAAUGAGGACCGCCAGUGGGAUGAUCGAGGCACAGGGCAUGUGUCCUCUUGCUACGUGGAGAGGCUGAAGGGCAUGUCCCUGCUAGUCAGGGCAGAGAGUGAUGGCUCUCUUCUUUUGGAGUCCAAAAUUAACCCGAAUACUGCGUACCAGAAGCAACAGGAUACCUUGAUUGUGUGGUCUGAAGCUGAAAAUUAUGAUUUGGCACUUAGCUUUCAAGAAAAAGCAGGAUGUGAUGAAAUAUGGGAAAAAAUAUGUCAGGUUCAAGGCAAAGACCCGUCUGUUGAUAUUACUCAGGAUCUUGUCGAUGAAUCUGAGGAAGAACGCUUUGAUGAUAUGUCAUCACCAGGUCUAGAAUUGCCAUCUUGUGAAUUAAGUCGACUAGAAGAAAUUGCAGAACUUGUGGCAUCUUCACUGCCUUCACCGUUACGUCGUGAAAAACUCGCACUAGCACUGGAAAAUGAGGGCUAUAUUAAGAAGCUCUUAGAAAUUUUUCAUGUGUGUGAAGACUUGGAGAACAUUGAAGGACUACACCACUUAUAUGAAAUAAUUAAAGGAAUUUUCCUUUUGAACAGAACUGCACUUUUUGAAGUAAUGUUUUCUGAGGAAUGUAUAAUGGACGUAAUUGGAUGCCUAGAAUAUGAUCCGUCUUUAUCACAGUCACGGAAACACAGGGAAUUUCUGACUAAAACGGCAAAAUUUAAAGAGGUGAUUCCUAUAUCUGAUCCAGAGCUGAAGCAAAAAAUACAUCAAACAUACAGAGUACAGUAUAUUCAAGAUAUGGUCCUACCCACUCCCUCAGUUUUUGAGGAAAAUAUGCUAUCAACACUUCAUUCUUUCAUCUUUUUUAAUAAAGUGGAAAUAGUUGGUAUGCUACAGGAAGAUGAAAAAUUUCUGACAGACUUGUUUGCACAACUAACAGAUGAAGCCACAGAUGAGGAGAAAAGACAGGAAUUGGUAAAUUUUCUGAAAGAGUUUUGUGCAUUCUCUCAAACAUUGCAACCUCAAAACAGAGAUGCAUUUUUCAAAACCUUGUCAAAUAUGGGCAUACUGCCAGCGCUAGAAGUCAUAUUGGGUAUGGAUGAUGCACAAGUACGAAGUGCAGCCACUGAUAUAUUCUCAUAUUUGGUUGAAUACAACCCAUCCAUGGUACGAGAGUUUGUCAUGCAGGAAGCGCAGCAGAAUGAUGACGAUAUAUUACUCAUUAACCUCAUUAUAGAACACAUGAUUUGUGACACAGAUCCAGAACUUGGAGGGGCAGUGCUACUCAUGGGUUUGCUUCGUACUUUAGUUGAUCCAGAAAAUAUGCUUGCCACUGCCAAUAAAACAGAAAAGACAGAGUUCCUGGGUUUCUUCUACAAACAUUGUAUGCAUGUGCUGACAGCCCCUUUAUUGGCCAAUACCACAGAGGACAAGCCUAGUAAAGAUGAUUUUCAGACAGCCCAACUCUUGGCAUUAAUACUGGAAUUGCUAACUUUCUGUGUAGAACAUCAUACUUAUCACAUAAAGAACUAUAUCAUUAACAAAGAUAUCCUGCGAAGAGUACUCGUUCUCAUGGCCUCAAAGCAUGCUUUCUUGGCAUUGUGUGCACUUCGUUUCAAGAGAAAGAUAAUUGGACUGAAGGAUGAAUUCUACAACCGUUACAUAAUGAAAAGUUUUUUGUUUGAACCUGUGGUCAAAGCAUUUCUAAAUAAUGGUUCCCGUUAUAAUCUGAUGAACUCUGCCAUAAUAGAGAUGUUUGAAUUUAUCAGAGUGGAAGAUAUAAAAUCAUUAACAGCUCAUGUAAUUGAAAAUUACUGGAAGGCACUGGAAGAUGUAGAUUAUGUGCAAACAUUCAAAGGACUGAAACUUCGAUUUGAGCAACAAAGGGAAAGACAAGAUAAUCCAAAACUUGACAGCAUGCGCUCCAUUUUGAGAAACCAUAGAUACAGAAGGGAUGCAAGAACCCUGGAGGAUGAGGAGGAAAUGUGGUUUAAUACUGAUGAAGAUGAUAUGGAAGAUGGAGAGGCAGUGGUGCCCCCUUCUGACAAAACUAAAAAUGAUGAAGAUAUUAUGGACCCUAUCAGUAAAUUCAUGGAAAGGAAAAAAUUAAAAGAGAGUGAAGAAAAGGAGGUUCUUCUGAAAACUAACCUUUCAGGUCGUCAGAGCCCAAGUUUCAAGCUUUCCUUUUCCAGUGGUACAAAAUCUAACCUUACCAGCCAGUCAUCUGCCAGUAAUCUGUCUGGAUCCCCAGGGUCUCCUGGAUCCCCAGGGUCCCCUGGGUCUCCAGGAUCAGUUUCUAAAAGCACAUCUCAGAUGGCAGCUAUUACAACUAAGGGAGGCCUCGUUGGGCUUGUAGAUUAUCCUGAUGAUGAUGAAGAAGAUGAUGAAGAUGAAGAUAAGGAGGAAACUUUACCUUUGUCAAAGAAAGCAAAGCUGGAGUCAUCAUAAUGGCAACUGCUGAAGAACAGUACCAGCUGGGGGAAGGACAUUUUUUCCAAAAAACAAAAAACACACAGCAAAGCAGCAAUCUUUUGUGAAUUACUGUGUGUGACACAGAUCAACCUAUACAAACAGAUUUCUGCCAAUCAAGUGCCAAUUCAAAGAAGCAGAAGAAGGGGAAAUAUUUCGCAUAGGGGAAAGACUUAUGCCUUUGAGAUCUCCAGCUUGGACCACACGUUGCCCUUUUCUCAGGGAAGGAAAUGGAAAACAAACAAAAAAAGCCAACAGGGCAGGAGUUUUGUUAGCGGAACUCUGGAUUGGCUGGUCAGUUGCUACAAUCAGAAUAUGCUUUCUUGGACCAUGUAUGAGACUUCUGAAGAAAAGGCAGUUUUUGCCAUAAUUCUUCACUAGUUAAGAAUGCCAGCAGUUUCUUUGUAUAAAAGAGACCUGCCUUUGAAAUCGUACAUUCUGAACAUUUUAGUCAAGCUACAACAGGUUUUAAAAACCUCUACGGGGGAGGGCUGAAUAUAAAGCUUCCUUUUUUUUUUUUUUUUUUUUAAAUCUGUUCCCUUUGCCCUUUAAACUGCAGAUUUUUUUUUUUUUUGGAAGUGGGGGAUUUGUUUGUCCCUUCUUGAUUAAAGAUUGAGUGGAAUUC